AUGGCGCACAGCAUAGCUGCUGAUCGAAGCAGUGACUCAAAUGCCGUAGCAGUCGUGGUGGGAGGAAGCCGCGGCAUCGGGCUCGCAAUGGUGCAAUCAUUGGUAUCACGCGGAUGGAAGGGAAAGAUCGUCGCCACGUGCCGCGACGUCGAGCAGGCUGAUGCGCUUUCUGCCCUGUGGCAAUUCAUGCCGGAUCGUUUCAACGUGCUUUCCAUGGACGUUUGCGAUGAGGCGUCUAUUGAAGAGGCUGUUGACGAAGUCAAGGAGUGGACGGGGGACAGUAGAGUUGACUUGCUAGUGCAAUGUGCCGGCAUUUUGCAUGAGGGAGACAACAUGCCGGAGACGUCCCUCGCUCGGGUCGAUGCUGACUUUUUUAGAAGAAACCUCGAGGUAAACCUGAUGGGCCCUGUGCUUGUCGCCAAGCAUUUCUCUCCGUUGAUGAUAACCAAGCGCAAGAAAGGGCGCGUUCCAAGCGUCCUAGCGGCUCUGUCUGCGCGUGUUGGAUCUAUCAGCGACAAUGGCCUAGGGGGAUGGCUCUCCUAUCGCUCAUCGAAAGCCGGUCAGAACCAAGCCAUGCGCACCAUGAGUAUCGAACUAGGGCGCCGUGGGAUUAUUUGCGUCUCACUGCACCCAGGGACCGUUGAAACGGACCUGUCUGCUCCAUUCAGAAAGAACGUCAAACCUGACAAACUAUUCCCUGCAGACAAAGCAGCAGGCAUGUUGCUUGAUGUUAUCGACUCUCUCGAUACCGAGGACAACGGCUCUUUCUUUUCCUAUGACCGAAAGCUAAUCCCAUACUGAUUCUUGCGAAGCGUUUCCCCUCGUUCGCUGUGGAGUGUUGCGCUUCAUAUGAUAUUCCAACUCUUGAGCAAGUCCCAUGCGAUAAUAAGCGUGUAACCUAGAAUAGCUGUCAUGGCGAACACGGGUACAAAAAGAUCCCGAGACGGAGGCUCCCUUUUCUCGUUAUCGUCAUCUCCCAAGCCACCCGAUGACAUGACUACCGGGCGGGUGCGACAGUUUGCCUUGCGCCUUGGGGACAGUUUUGGGAUUGGGGCUCUGCCAUGUGUCACUGCAGGUCGACACCCGGUAGAUGAAAACGUUAAUGGCGCAUGUGAGAUGAAUGCCAUGGUGAGAACAAAGCAAAGAUGUGCUUCUCACUUGUCGGUUGUACUUCGGCGAUUAGUUCACUGUAGAACAGGUGUCUGAACGAAAGGGGGCAGCGCCCAGUACUAUACCUUCGAAGGUACCGUACUACAACUAAACUCGCAAACUGCGUUGUGCCCUGAGA